AUGAAGGCGAACUACAAGUUCUCCAACAUUUGCGGCACAGUCUAUCAACAAGGGAAUGUGCUCUUCACCCCAGACGGCAACACCCUCCUCAGUCCAGUCGGAAACCGCGUCUCGAUUUUUGAUCUGGUCAACAACAAGUCGUUCACUCUUCCAUUUGAGAAUCGCAAGAACAUCGCUGCAAUAGCUUUAAGUCCUGACGCAAAUGUCUUAAUUUCCGUCGAUGACGAUGGCCGCGCCCUCCUUGUGAACUUCCGUAGAGGGACUGUGCUCCACCACUUCAACUUCAAGAAGCCAGUGAAAGACAUAAAAUUCUCCCCCGACGGAAAAUUCAUUGCGGUCACGCAUGGGACGCAGCUCCAAGUCUGGCGCACCCCAAAUCACCUUGCGCGCGAAUUUGCACCAUUCGACCUGCAUCGGACUUACACUGGACAUCAUGACGAUGUUUUGAGCAUUGAAUGGGCACCAGACUCAAGUUGCUUUAUAACAACGUCGAGAGACAUGACUGCUCGAUUGUUCACCCUCAAUCCGUUGGAAGGCUUCCGACCAAAAACUUUUGCUGGGCACAGGGACGCAGUACUGGGGGCAUACUUCUCAAGCGAUGGUGCAACGGCGCGUUCUCCUCCCCUUCCUUUUUGCACGAAUCUGACAAUUUUCACAGAUAUAUACUAUUCAGAAUCUGACUCUGAUUCCGACGAGCCUAUCGCAUCGACCUCGCAAGGCACGGGAAGCAAUAUCAUCGCCAACACACGAUGGGGCGUUCAUAAGCGCCAUUACUUCAACCAAGCCAAUACAAAAGUCGUAUGCACGACAUUCCACGCUCCCUCUAACCUCCUCAUUGUCGGAUUUUCCACUGGCGUCUUUGGCCUUUGGGAAAUGCCGGCGUUCUCCAACGUGCACACACUCAGCAUUUCGCAAGAAAAGAUUUCAUCCGUUGCCAUAAAUGCGUCAGGCGAGUGGUUAGCCUUUGGUGCCAAAAAACUUGGGCAGCUGCUUGUUUGGGAAUGGCAGUCCGAGUCGUAUAUCCUCAAACAGCAGGGCCAUUUCUACGACAUGAACACCCUCGCCUAUGCUCCCGAUGGUCAAACAAUUGCGACUGGAGGUGACGAUGGCAAAGUCAAAGUCUGGUCCACACAUUCUGGGUUCUGUUUUGUCACCUUCACGGAACACACCGCGCCAAUUUCCUCCGUCGCAUUCGCCAAACACGGGAGUGUGUUGUUUUCCGCUUCAUUAGAUGGGACUGUCCGGGCAUACGACCUCGUCCGCUAUCGAAACUUUCGCACAUUCACAUCUCCCUCGCCAGUGCAAUUUUCUGCCCUCGCAGUCGAUCCUUCAGGUGAAGUCGUGGCUGCUGGCUCCACUGACUCUUUCGAGGUCUUCAUGUGGUCGGUGCAGACAGGAAAACUGCUCGAUGUCUUGACCGGGCACGAAGGACCCAUCAGCGCACUCGACUUUUCGCCUUCUGGAGCCAAUCAACUCGCCAGCGGCUCCUGGGACCGCACAAUCAGAGUGUGGAAUGUCUUUGGGCGGUCACGUGCUGUGGAGCCGCUCACAAUUUCCUCUGAUGUGCUUGCUGUCGCGUUUCGGCCGGAUGGGAAAGAGAUUGCUGCGUCCUCAUUGGAUGGCCAGAUCGCCUUUUUUGAUGUGGAGAAAGGGAAACAGACAAACGUUAUCGAGGGCCGCAAAGAUGUGUCAGGAGGAAGGAAGGCGGACGACCGCGUUUCUGCUGCAAAUAGCACCUCCGGCAAAGCGUACAACAGUCUUGCUUAUACUGCUGAUGGGAAGUGCAUCCUUGCGGGCGGCAACAGCAAAUAUGUCGUGUUAUACGAUGUCCGGGAAGGGGAGGGUGUGAUGGUCAAAAAAUUCCAAAUAUCACAAAACCUGUCGUUGGACGGGACUGAAGAGUUCCUCGAUAGCAGGAAAGUCAACGAUGCAGGAAUCAACACAGACUUGAUUGAUUCGCGUGGCGACGAGAGCGACCUUGAGGACCGAAUGGAUCUCAGUCUGCCAGGAGCAAGUCGUGCCGCUGGCGAUAUGUCAAUUCGGCGUUAUAGGCAAGAAGCACGCACUAAAUGCGUGAGGUUUUCUCCUACUGGGCGGGCCUGGGCUGCUGCAUCGACCGAAGGGUUGCUCAUAUACUCCCUUGACGAAACUGUGUCCUUUGACCCAUUCGAUCUGUCGAUAGACCUCACUCCCCAGGCCGUGCUCGACGUUCUUGGUGACGGGGAAUACCUCAAAUCCCUGGUCAUGGCUUUCCGUCUCAACGAAAAACCGCUGAUCCGGCGGGUCUACGAAGGCAUUCCCCGCGGGGACAUCCGCCUUGUCGCGCGCCAGCUUCCGGGCAUCUACGUGCCUCUCCUUUUGCGCUUUGUCGCCGACCACCUCGCCCAAAGUCCACAUCUCGAAUUCGACCUACUCUGGGCCAACACCCUGCUCGUUUCUCAUGGCCGACAACUGCGCGAUCGCUCAGCGGAGUAUGCGAGUGUGUUUAGAGUGCUCCAAAAAGCUCUAGUAGACUCAGAACAGUCUAUCUCAAAACUAUGCGAGGGGAAUAUCUCAACCAUGUCCUAUCUUCUAGACCAACAAACCGUUAGAAACCACGCUACAUUACAGGGUGAUGUCGAGAUGCCUCCUAUUGCAGUAUAA